AUGCAGUGGUUGCCACUCUUUGCACUCUGCCUUGUCGCCGCCGCCGCGACGAGCGUACCCGGGACGCCAGACCCCGCGACGUGCAAGCUCCAGUUUCUCAGUCCGUGCAAGAAGGAUCUCGACUGCGGUACGCUGAACGGGUACAACCUGACGUGCAUCGUGUCGGGGGGCACCUCCAAGACUUCCGAGUGCCUUAAAACCACCCCGGACGGGUCCGUUCCGCAGUUUGGUCUCUGCACCGACUCGCGGCAGUGCUCGUCUGGCCUCGGCUUUACCGACUACAUCCUCGAGUUGAACGAAAAGCCGACGCGGCGCUGUGCCGAAGAGCUCCAUUGCAUCCAAGAAAUCAACGACACGCCGGGGGUCGUCCUCACCAAGCAAUGCCUCACGUGCGGCAGUUGCCGCGCCCAGUACCUCGCCGGCAAGCGCUUCGACUGCGACGCGAUCUGCCCCGCGACGCCCGAGCCCCCGGUCACCGAGCCUCUUCCGACGACCCCGACGCGGGCGCCCAAGACGUCGGCGCCGCCCACGACGCCCCCUAGCUCGCUUGCGUCCACCGUCGCGGUCAGUGGUGUCGCCCUUGGCGUCAUCGCGCUCGCAGCACUCGUGUAA